ACGAUGACGCGCAGAUACAGCGCCGCCGGCACAGUUCACGUAGAACAUAUCAGCAAGUGGAACAGAUUGAAGACGCUUGACAUUGCUUAUGUUUUAAUACGAUUUCUAUCAGGUGCUUGAAGGAACAUACACAAUAGUUGUAUUAAUAAUUGCUGUCUGUUGGGUUUGAAAUCCCGAUUAGUUGAGCUUUUUAAAAACCAGAGGAACUGUAUGUCCAGACCGCGGGAAAUUGUCGGGACUUCCUGUGUAGUGAAGUCUUGGCGCGACAUUGCGGCCGUAAACAACGAGAGGUACUACAUCAAUAUACACAAACAAGUUUUUCACCUGGCAGCACUUCUUGACAAACCUAGAUACUUGAAACAAUGGCUAACCCUGACAUCAGUGAUGCCUCCAGAUUGUUGUUACCUGAGGUCAGUGAAGAUUCUGUGGAUAUCUACGAUGAUCUGGAUGUCUGUUUUAACAUUGAUGCAGGGAAGACCCCUCAAGAGUCAAUGGACCUUUAUGAAGAAAUUGUCACAGAGGAACAGCUCAUAAAAGAGUCAUCCUAUGCAGAGUUGAAAUCCAGAUUCGAAGCAGCCCAAAACCAAAUUAAAGAGUUGCAUAGGAGACUGGAAGAGAUGGAGACUAAGAACACAAGGCUAAACACUGAAAAUUGUAGUCUCAAAAAGAACAUCUCAGCACUUUUUCGAACAGCUAAACAGGAGGUGACACGGAAAGAUGCUGAGAUUCUGAGGUUAAAUCUAGGGUCAGUGAAAGGACAUAAUAUUUACACAAAUAAUCUGCCAGAUCGAAACUUAAGCAGUAGACCACUCGCCUCCAGUCCUCCGCCUCCUUCAACCAAUCAUCCACCUGCCAGGGAAAAUUAUCCUCCAAAGCAUUCAUGCCAUCUCUCAAAGAAAGAAAACAAUAAUUGCAUAAACCGGCCCACUAUCUCCUCUACUGAGACAAGAGCUUCUAAAGAGUCAUCUGCCUGUCAUUCAAAAAGCUUAUCAAUCCUACAAAAUGAGUCGGACAAGCAUAAGUUGAAGCACAGAGAGGAAAAAUAUCAAUGUCUUAGACAAUCUCAAAGUCCUUCUGAAGUUUGGAGACAAAGAAGUGGAUCAGAUUCUAACAAGGACAGUUCUGCCCCUGACAAAACCAGGUCUCAUAAAGUUGACAAUGAUGCAAGACGAAACUAUAACUCUAGGACAUGCUUAAGUAGGACCUAUCCAAAUGCUGAGGGUCACCACAAAGUUGACAGGGCAAAAAGCCCUUGUCAAGAUAUUUUAGACAGUACUGUGAGAACAGGAAGAAGUCGAGAGCUUAAAAAAGACAACGACAACUCUGAAUAUGGUGGUGCUUACAGCUCAAAAGAACAUCAUAGUAGUAGAAAAAGUUACAGAUGUGACAGAGGUUCUAACUCCAAGGUUAAAAAAAGGUCCUCCUCAAAUCAAAAGAGAUACAGGGAUUCCUCCAAAGACAGGGAAGGAGCGCGAUUUUCAAAGAAUUAUCAAAAGGCAGAGAAACGACAUGAAGAGAAAGUCGGAAAGUAUAGGAGGAAAAGUCUGUCAGAGACCAGCAGAGAAAGUCGGAGACAGAGCACAAAAAAAUUGGAAAAAAGUGAUAUACAUGACUCUAGUAAAGAUAAACAGAAAAAUAAACGUGGGAUUUCAGAGAGAUCCUCUAACAAUAAAAUCUUCAAGAAAGGCUCUACAGAGGGAAAUGCUCCUAAUAAGAAAUUGUGUUUUAUGGAAACACUGAAUCUGACACUUUCUCCCAUUAAAAAGUCAACAGUCUCCAUUGAUGAACAGCAUGAACCAGCAGGAGACAUGGUUCAUCAUCAAUCAGAUGAUGAGAAUUCACAGCCCAAUGUUGAGGACAUGUGUAUAAUUGAUGAAAUAGGGAGUGGUCAGUCAGAAGGUGUUCCAGAGCUGACUUCAGACAUCCCUGCACACACAGGCAAGAGCUGUGAGUCUGCGAAAGAUUUCCAAAAAGACACAAAUAACUACAAUAAAAAAGAAGUUGAAAAAACGCUUGAAGAUACUUCAGUUAAAACAACUUUGGCACAUACGCAAUCCCUAGACAUGGGACAGAAUUAUAUCACAGACCCCACACUAAAGUCUCAACAGAGUAGUUUUAUCAAACCACAAAAUCAAGAAAACAGAAUGGAGCUGACCUCAGAGAACGAGCAAGUUCAAUCUGCACCAUUGGAAGCUACAAGUAGUAUAAACAACACAUUUAGAAGCAUGUCCAAACCGCACACAAGCAGCUCUUCAGAACAGGGUUAUCUUGUUAUCAGUGGAGAUCAGCCUGUUGCCAUUAUUGAAACUUUUGUGCUCAAAUCAAGGGAGGAGAAACUUCCUAAAACCACAGUAUGGACAAGCCUUCCUGUGAAUGCAGUUGAGGAUGGUCCAAACAAUUCACCCUCAAGGAAGAAUCCUGUUAAUGAGGAUGUCUCUGGCUGUUUCAAAAGUCAGUGCAUGCCUUCUGAUGAUUUACCCCAGAGUUGUCAACAAGGAUUAUCAGCCUUAUUUAGGCCUGUUUACAGAAAAACGCUUUGUCAUAAGCAAUGUGAUCCUAAAGAGACAGAGACUGUAUCCAGUACAAUAAGCAUGGCAUCAUUUCCACAAGAAGGUCUAAGUCUACCUGAGGCUAUUCAUGUUUUAACAGAGGAAACUGAAGUUGUUGGUGAUAGUCUUGCACAUAAGCUAAGUUCUUCCACUUCCUGUACUGGCGUGUCCAAAGUCAGCAGUACGACAGAAGAUUUGGUAGUGCCAAAAAAUCACAUGUCAAAGUGCAGUGAGCUCAACGUCACACAGAACUACUACAAUCUGGCAAAGAGCUAUGAGAAUAAUGUUGAACCUUCUACUUCAGUGCUGGUACUUCAUGAUGAAGAUUCAAUGAUCCGCACACUGAACAACUUGAAGAGAUUCCCUGAUGCUAUAAGUCCCCUGAAGAGCCCUAUUCGGAUAACCAAAACCAAACAAAGUCAUCUCCAUAAUCAAGGCAACCCUGAUGAUGUCAAGAGUCUUCAAACUGAUUUCUCCGACACAGCCAAUGGAGCGAACUCAAAAAAGUUGGAAGUAAACAAAGAAAACAAAUAUCCAGGUUCUACUGCAGACAGCGACAUGCAUGUGGUUGACGAGGCCACGGACCAUUUUUUAAGUUUCUCGGACACUGACAUGGAGGAAGGUGAAAUUUUAAGUGAAAGUGAGGAGUCAGUUCCAGAUUAUCCAGUUCUUACAACUAAGCUGGCAAUGUUGUCACCACCAGCCACAAACAAACCAAAUCGCAAGACUACAGUAAAGAGAAAGACUGAAGAUUACAAUCUGAUCUUAAAAGAAACCCCAGGUGAAUCAACACAAAGUCCAAAGAGUCGCUUUAAAACAGUUUGCCCUGCAGCAACUAAGUUUUCCUUUUCCAACAUAGAUGAAAUAAUGGAGACAUUUAAGUUGGUUCGGCGUGAGAUCCGAAAAAAGUACAUGAAGCUACAUAAAACCUUUCCCAAAAAGAGCUUCUAUGGCAUGAUGGACAAUUUUCAGAAGUCUUUUUUAGAGUUUGUGGAGGGCGCCCAAUUUGGCAAAAUUUGCAGUCAGGCAGAGGAGCUGAAGUCUAGAUUGAAGAAACUGAUUACCUCUGUUUUUAGCAAAGUAGCUAAUAAUGGAAUUGUGAAACGCAUAUUUGAACAGCAGGCAACUGAUUUGAAGCAGAAGUUGUGGGACUUUGUGGAUGUUCAAGUUGAGUAUUUGUUUAAGGAUAUUAACACAACACUCAAGUGCCUUUGCAAACCAGCAAGUCCUCAAGCUAAGGAUGUGAGUUCAAAUUGGAAUGAGAACAUGUCCACACAACCUCCUGUAAAGAAAGAAUUUCAGUCUGCUUCACCCAUCUCGGGUCAAGUCAAGACUUCUGCUGUGGUGCCUUACAGGACAGGUCUUGGAAGCAGAGGCAAAGAUAUCCGGAUGACACACAUGGAAAACCCCACAAGUUCUGAUCCAAGUCCAUCAGAUAUCCAAAAGACUCAAACUAAAAUUGAUAUCCAUUCUACUAAAAAUAUCCCUCCCACGCCAGAGCAAAACAACCUAGUUUCUUUGAUUGUCUCUCAGAAUAACUCCUUGAAUGACAAAACUGACUUUAACAUACUCACAGAACAGCAAGCCUCCAGUUUAACGUUCAACUUGGUAAGAGACUCUCAAAUGGGGGAAAUCUUCAAAUGUCUCCUGCAAGGAUCUGAUUUACUAGAAUCUAGUGGCAUCACAGGAGACUACACAGCAUGGCCUCUCAGCACACCAAGAAAGGAUGGAGAGAGACUCAUCAGCAUCACCACGCCAACUAAAUUUCACUCUCCGUCUAAGUUUUUUCCCGUGAACAAAUUUAAUUCCCCCUCCAAACUUAUUGCUACUUGGUCAAGCAUUUCACCUCGCAAUAUGCCAUCUCCCAGAUCCAAUGAUCCAGUCGCAUUGAAUCCAGCUUUAUUUGAUGAAAGUUGCUUGUUAGAAGUACCGUCAGAGAACAGCGUGCCUCUGCAGAAGUCUCAUUAUGUUCUUGCUGAAGAUCUGGCAGUGUCUCUCACCAUUCCUUCACCCCUUAAAUCGGAUAGUCACCUCAGUUUCUUACAGCCUGCAAGCAUCCACAGAAUGUCCACUCCAGAUAGCGUCAUCAGCGCUCACAUAAGCGAGGAUGCUCUCCUCGACAAUGAGGAUAUUACAGAACAGGACAUCCACCUUACCCUUGACACAGACAAUUCUAGCUGUGGCUCGAUCAGCAGUGUGGCCUCUGUGCCAUGUUUAACAUCUUUUAUGUUCCAGCCUGAUAAGCCCAUGCAGGCUCUUGUGAUGGAGAAAUCUAAUGACCACUUCAUUGUGAAAAUUCGUCAGGCAGAGCUGGCUGACGUCCCUCUCGUUUCUGAUGACAGUUUAAGUAAAACAUUUGGAGCAGAAAACAUGAUUCCAGACAGUCUUAAAGAAAGUCAAACAGUAACUGUUUUUCAAAGUGGUAGCAGUCCUUCAGAUUCGAUCCCAUCAGUACAGCAUGAUUUAGCUAAGAUCUCUGGGCUGAGUCUUGCCAUCACUCAAGAAAAGUGCUCAAUAAAAGAUCUGCUUUGCCAAAAUGAAGUGACAAUAACUCACCAAAAUAUCUCAAAGAUUAGCAUUUCAGAGGAGUUGCAGCCUCUGAAUGAUCAGCCUUCACGUAAUACUUUGAACACUGAUUCUCAAAACUCUCAUUCUGUGUGUUACCAGUUUAGCAAAAUAACAGACAAAAAGGAUGUCACACUUAUGACUGAUGAAUUUGAAACAGAUGCACACCACAGAGGAGAAAACCCCAAAACUCAGAAAAGCUCUUUUAAACCUGUGACUAGUGCCCCUGACAAUAACCCACAUCUACCAGCUGAAAGCUGUAAAAGCAACCAGAGGAGUAAAGAUUCACUGAAACAAAGUUCAGACUUGGCAAGAGAGGAUAAAGAGGCAUCAAAGUGUGAAAGAAAUCUCGUCAUUGAGAGCACAAGCUGUACACCAGAAACAGAAGAGAGCGGUGGUGAAAAUGCUAGAAAACGGAAAAAGCAUCAAGAAAAAUCCAAGGCAAAGCGGUGCAAAAAGGAGGCAAAGAGAACAGAAGCACCUGUGUCCACAAAAGACAAUAACGAGUCCAGCUCUUCCUCAGCUCAUCUUUCCACUAACAGUCUAUCUGCCAGGAAUGUUAUCAGGAAGAAAGGCGAGGUGGUCAUGGCCUGGACAAGAGAUGAAGAUCGAGCUAUUCUGAUUGACCUAAAGAAGAAGGGUCCUUCACGUGAGACAUUCUCUGCGUUGUCGGAGAAACUAAAAAAGCCAACGGGGCAGAUUGCUCACAGGUUUUACCAACUCAUGAAGCUCUUCAAGAAGCAAGAGAAAGUCUGAUACCUGAAAUGCUACAAUUGUUGCUAUAUAUGUUUCUUGUACUACAGCAGCCACCAUGAUAUUCAGCACAAACAGGCUUGUAGACUGCUGUUCAUGUGAAACACUGGAGCAACAUGUUUUCCCAUAUUGGCUAUUAUUUCUAUAAAUGUCUGAGCAAAGAAAAGAAAGGUUUGUAAGGCAUUGCCUUUCAUACUGUGUGACAAGUGUGAACCAUGAGAAUUCAGCAAUGUUGAUUGUCCAGAUAGAGUGGGAAAAAAAGCUAGUCCUGAAUAUAUUCAGUUUUUGAUUUGACUUUUUGAGUAUUUAACAAUUCACAAUGCAGUUUUUUUUUCACUGCAGACUCUGGAAAUAUACUGAUAGCUAUGCUACAUGUAUUUUCAGUUUAAAGUGUGCUCCAAGUGACAUUUUCAUCUCCUAAAAAUAGCAGACACUUGCUGAAAAGAGUGUGAAGCCUCUUCCAUUGGUAGACCCUGAGUAAAUGGACUGACAUCUGUAUGUGAUUAGUUUUUUUUGUUUGUUUGUUUCAGGGGUUUUGCCUGUUUUUAGUGUGUAUGAUUGUGUCUGUGUGUGGGAGAAUGUGUGUGAAGAGUGAAAUAUAAGAUUGGUCAAAUCUUUCCUAUACACUAACAGGAGUUGUUAAGUACAUUUUAUCUUGGUUAAGGCAAAUUGAAAUAUCUGAAGCUAGACAUUUGUUUGUUGAUUGCUCAUUAAAAGCACCUGACACAGUACUGUACAUAAUUAUUUUUUGAAAAUAAAGCUCUAUUUAUUCAUG